CCGAGGCCGGCGCUCGGUGAGCUCCUCCGCAUCGUACCCUGCAGCCAUCCGGCGGGAAGGAAGUCCUGCGGCUCGACCCCGGUGUCCUCGCCCGCCCCCGGGCCCUCGGCCCGCUCCACCCACCCGCGCCCGCCGCCAAAGCCGCCGGGGCCGCCGGCAGCGCGCAUCCGAGUGGCGGGCGCCGGGGCCGGAGGCGGAGGGGCGGCGGGCGGCGGCCCCGAGGCUGGCACCCCUGCGGGGAGCGGCGAGGCGAUCCUGCCGAGAUGUGAAAGUAAAGAAAAGACUUAAUAACCAAGAUGCUUUGGAGCCAGAAUGCUUCCCCGGUUAGAUCACUGAAUCUGUUUCUCGUGGUGUGUAUCAGCCUUGUGUUUGGUGUGGUAUCUUCGUUGCCUGAUUUAUCAGAUAAAUCUUGCACUUUCAAGGUGACGUUACGCAAUUUCCGGGUCAUCUUAUCAUGGGAAUUAAAAAACCAUUCGAUUGUACCAGAUCACUAUACAUUACAGUACACAGUUAUAAGUAGACCAGAUCAUGUGAAGAUUGUGGAGCACUGUUCAAAUAUCACAGCAUCAUUUUGUGACCUAACGGAUUUGUGGGAGGUCCUGCCCGAGACGUAUGCCGUCACAGUUGAUGGAUUCAGAGGGAACACAGCACUGGUCACGUGUUUCAUCGAUUUCUUCCUGGCAACACACAUAUCUUUAGAACCACCAGGGUUUGAUAUUGUUGACUUUAUGGACCACAUUAACGUCAAUGUGAAUUUCCCACCUGUCAUUCCCAAGAUACUACGUGGAGAAGUAUUACAGUUUUACUUAUCACUCAUCAUCGAAGAACAGUCUGGGGGGAUUGUCAAGAAGCAUAACCCCACACUAAAUGAAAACGUCAUUGGAAAUUUCACUUACGUCAUCGACAAGUUACUUCCAAACACAAACUACUGUGUAUCUGUUUAUUUUAAGCCUAGAAAUCUGGGAGCAAUCCAUAGAUCUCCAGUAAAAUGUACCCUCCUUCAACCUGCACAGGAGACAGGGUCAUCAGAAUCUGCCAAAAUAGGAGGAAUAAUUACUAUGUUUUUCAUAGCUGCUGUCUUCAUAAGCACCAUAAUAAUAUUGAAACGGGUUGGUUAUAUAUGCUUAAGAAAUGAUUUACCCAAAGUUUUGAAUCUUUACAACUUGUCAGCCUGGGUUAUCCCUGAGAUGCCACCAGUGGAAGCAGUGGCUUUCGUGGAGAUGAUUCACGUUAACCGGAAGAAGAAGGUGUGGAAUUACAAUUACGACGAUGAGAGUGACAGCAAUGAUGAAGCCGCAGCCCCUGUGACAAGCACCGGUGGCUAUACCAAGCAUGGGCUAAUGGGUGGGCUUCUCCGUCCCACCUCUGCCUCCUUGGCCACGUGCGGGGACUGCCUGGAGUCCGACACUGAGGAGCCUGACCUGUCCGAGCGGGACUCUGAGGCCCUGAUGAUACCAGGGCCCUGCCCCGGGUGGUCGGAAUGCGCAAGUGGGGCCUACGAGGGGGGACGGAAGCUGCUACAGGACCCCCUUUCCGAGGAGGACAGCAGCUCCACGGAAGAGGCUGGGGACAAAAUUAUCUUCAAUGUAAAUCUAAGCUCUGUGUUCGUGAGCGCCCUCGAUGACGACUCGGAAGUCCCUCCAGGGUUACCAAGUUUUCCAGAAGAGACGUUCGACCCAGACGAUUCCCACCAACUGGAAACAAGUUUUCUGGCGGCCCACGGGGAAGGGACACAGCCACCCUCCCCCACCCCCUCUGCAGAGUGCCCGUGGACUGAAGAUGUGCUUUCUGAUAAAAGUGACAGUUCUGAGUCGGAUGUUGACAUCGGAGACGGCUAUAUAAUGAGAUGAACCCCCAAAAUAUUUAAUGAACGUGGACUGACCAAUACCUUCAGGGUUUCCCCCCCUGCACUGUCACUUCCUCCCUUGUGGUCUGCAAUGUCCCCCAGGGAAGGUGUUGGAGACUGUGGCCUGCUCCUGGGGGGCGGGGGGAGGGCUGGUGACGUCAUCUAUGCAAAUUAUAUGCAAAUAACCAGUUGGGAGGGGAGUCAGAACCGGACCUGUGGAUCCUUCAGUGCGUUGUUUACAUGUGGUUUGCAGGGGUGGUCCAGGGCCCUGCAAGAUUUCUGGGAAAUAAUGAAAUUAGCCAGGGUGGGAGUGGGGAAAGCAAAGAAAGACGCUCAGCAGGGUUCCAAGCAGGUGCAGGAGCAGUCUGCAGUUUGAGUCCAGCAGGCUCAAGGAAGGAGCCAGAAAGCAGGCAGGAAAAGAGAAGAAAAGGAAGGCGGCCAGAGGGAAAGGCAAGGGACCCACAAAGAAACAGAAGCACAUGUUAGAAGGAGGGAAAGUCCAGCCCAGUCUGGGGCUCCUCCCACAUGUCACAUUCUGUCACCUACGCUCAGAGAAUUCGGCUCUUGGCCACUUGACCAGCCCUUCUCAAUUUGAGUGAGGAAGACAAACUCACACACAUCAAUAACUCUAGCAUCAGGCAGGUGACUAAUAGGAAACAUUUGCAUGAGAGAAGGGGAUAGAAUCUCAGUGCCAAAUUUUAAAAUUAAAAAAAAAAACGAGAACAAAUGCAAAAUUGUUUCAAGGUCUUCAGAAGAGAUAAGUCACAAAAUUCCUGGAGAGCCUAUUUAACAAUUUAAGAAGUGAUGUGUGUGCUGAUUCCAAGUGUCCUAUGUGGGACCAAAGUUCCUGUGGCGCUGUGGGGAGGGAGGGAAGUUCUAGAACAUCAUGUAGCAAACCAGACAAGAACUGGGGCUCGGGUCUGACUCUGCUGCUAUUUCCCUGUGUGACCCUGGGUACUUUGCUUAGCCUCUCUGAGCCUCAGUUUCUUCAUUUAGGAAAUAAAAGGAUUGGACUAGGUAAUCUCCAAGAUCCUGUGGUGCUAGGAGAAAUACUAGAAAAUACACAGGAAUGAAGACUCCAGUGGAGGUGCUACAACCCUGAGAAGACCCCAGGGUGAAUCAACUCUAUGGGACCUCCUAGCUCAUUCCGCUCGCCCCAAGAGCAGGCUUCUCAGACCUUUCUUCUAGAUCAAUUCAAAAAGGGGAAAACAACUAUUAUGCAUCCUAGUUCAAGGACUUUGAAGAGAUUAUUUUUAUAACUGUUCAAAAGUAACUCAAAGGAGAGGGAUGUGAGAGGAGAAGAGAUUAUUUAACAACAUGAUGAAAUUCCAUAGGAAAGGGACUUUUUCAUGUGACCAGUUCAAUUCUCUGCCCUCUUAAAUCAUCUCUCAUAUUUUGAAAGCUUUCCAGAGUGAUCUUUUGGAAUACCCUUUUUAUGGCAGCUUUUAUGUGUGUGUGUGUUUUAUAUUUUGUGUAAUUGAAGUUGGUGAAAGAUAAAUACUUUUUAAUACA